UUUACAAGUACAGUGCAAACGACACGUUGAGGGCAUGAAAGCAUAUGUAGAGCUAGAUCGGCUGGAAACGGCGACACCACAGAGGAGGCCAUGGCCAGUGCUUCUAGCCCGCCGCUAGUAGCACUCGGCGUGCUCCUCCUCCUCUUGUCCGUUAGUUCGGCCAUUGCGCAUGGCGGAGGAGCACAUCAGGAACGCCGCCGGCAGCGCUACAUGGUGGCGCAGACCAGCCACCUGAUGGAGCCAAAAUCCAUCUGCUCUGGCCUCAAGGUGACUCCAUCCGCGAAUGGUACGUGGGUGCCGCUGCACCGGCCGUACGGCCCGUGCUCGCCGUCGGAGGGCACGCCGCCGCCCCUGGUCGAGAUGCUCCGCUGGGACCAGGCCCGCACGGACUACGUCCGAAGGAAGGCCACCGGCGAGGUGGACGACGUGCUCCACCCGGCCAGGCCGCACGUGGACAUGAUGCAGGUGGACUUCAUGCUCCGAGGGAGCUUCGGCAUCGGCUCUGGCUCCGGCGGCCAGGCGGCGAUCGACGAGGACGACGAGGACGACCCCAUGGUCCUGUCACAGACCAUGGCCAUCGACACCACCGAGGACGUGCCGUGGAUCCAGUGCCUCCCGUGCCCCAUCCCCCAGUGCUACCCGCAGCGGAACGCCUUCUUCGAUCCCCGCAGGUCGAGCACCGGCGCGCCCGUCCGCUGCGGCUCCCGCGCCUGCCGAACCCUCGGUGGCUACGCCAAUGGCUGCUCCAAGCCCAACUCCACCGGAGACUGCCUGUACCGGAUCGAGUACAGCGAUCACCGGCUGACGCUCGGGACGUACAUGACCGACACGCUGACCAUCAGCCCCAGCACCACCUUCCUCAACUUCCGGUUCGGGUGCAGCCACGCCGUCCGCGGCAAGUUCAGCGCCCAGGCCUCCGGGACCAUGUCGCUCGGCGGCGGGCCGCAGUCGCUCCUCUCGCAGACGGCCCGCGCCUACGGCAACGCCUUCUCCUACUGCGUCCCGGCGCCCAGCGCGGCCGGCUUCCUCUCCAUCGGCGGGCCGGCCGACGGCGACGGCGGCGGCGGCUCGGGCACAUUCGCGACCACGCCGCUGGUCAGGAACGCCAACGUCAUCAACCCGACCAUCUACGUGGUGCGGCUCGAGGGCAUCGAGGUCGCCGGGCGGCGGCUCAACGUGCCGCCGGUGGUUUUCUCCGGCGGGACGGUCAUGGACUCGAGCGCCAUCAUCACGCAGCUGCCACCCACCGCGUACCGCGCGCUGCGGCUGGCGUUCAGGAACGCCAUGGGGGCGUACAAGACGCGCGCCCCGACGGGGAACCUCGACACCUGCUUCGACUUCGUGGGAGUCACCAACGUGACGGUGCCCGCGGUCUCCCUGGUGUUCGACGGCGGCGCCGUCAUCGAGCUUGACCUUCUCGCCGUCCUGCUGGACGGAUGCCUCGCCUUCGCGCCCGUCGCCGCAGAUUUCGCGCUCGGCUUCAUCGGCAACGUGCAGCAGCAGACGCACGAGGUGCUCUAUGACGUCGCCGGAGGGGCUGUGGGCUUCCGCCGUGGUGCGUGCUAGCUGACCCUGAGCUAGCGCGCGGCGGCCAGCGCACGUGCUCAAUCCUCUUCUUUGCCCUGUCGUUGUAUUGGCAACAUCUGUCGAGCCAAACCACAAACACAUUGUCGUCAUAAUGCUAACUUCAUAUUUGCCAUGCAAGUGGGACCCA